UUGGAUAGUGGAAACUUUCCAGAUUAUAUUAAGAAUUUUCUACAAAAGCAGGGCUUUACUAAGCCUACAUUGAUCCAAUCUCAAGGAUGGCCGAUUGCUAUUGCUGGCAAAAAUUUUGUUGGUAUCGCUCAAACAGGUACUGGUAAAACUCUCGCAUAUUUGCUGCCAGCGGUAAUUCAAUUGAAAGAAAAUAAAGGACGAAAGGGUAAGGGUCCUAGAGCUUUAGUACUAGCUCCUACAAGAGAACUUGCAAGACAGAUAGAGGAAGUUGCUAAGGAUUUUGAAAGGCUUUUGAAUAUCCGUUGUCUAUGUAUAUAUGGAGGAGUGAGCAGGUCCAAUCAAGCUCAACAGUUGCGACAGGGUGUGGAUAUUCUUAUUGCUACUCCUGGUAGAUUAAAUGAUUUCCUUAACAGCAGAGUGACAACUCUAAGCAGAUGUACAUAUGUAGUGUUGGAUGAAGCAGACAGAAUGUUGGACAUGGGCUUUGAACCUCAGAUCAGGCAAGCAUUGGAAGAUGUACCAUAUGAAAGACAAAUCCUGAUGUUCUCGGCAACAUGGCCCAAGGAAGUACAACAUUUAGCUAAGGAUUAUCUAGGAGAGUUCGUACAGGUUAAUGUGGGGUCCACAGAAUUGACGGCCAACCAUAAUAUCAAACAGUGCAUAUAUGUUUGUGAGCAAGACCAAAAAAUGGAUAAGUUUAAAUCUAUCAUGCAUGAAAUAUCCGGUGAAGGUUUUGGUAAAGUUCUGGUGUUCACAAAUACAAAGAAAUUUGUAGAUAGCUUGACACUGGCUUUACAAAGAAAUGGCUGGCCGGCGGUUGGCAUACAUGGUGACAAAACACAACUUCAAAGGGAUAUUAUAAUAAAUAAAUUUAGAAGCGGAAGAACUAACAUUCUUGUUGCCACUGAUGUUGCUGCAAGAGGCUUAGAUGUUGAUGGUGUAACACAUGUUAUAAACUAUGAUUUUCCGAACACUUCUGAAGAUUACAUCCACAGGAUUGGAAGAACUGGUAGAUCAGAUAAUAAGGGUGUAGCUCAUACUAUCUUAACAAGUGAGAACGCUCGACAAGCAAGAAGUCUUAUACAAGUGCUCAAAGAAGCAAAACAGGAAGUUCCACAUGAAUUGGAGCAGCUGAGCCGUGAUUAUGGCAACAUGAAGUUCAAGGAUCAGCAGACAAAAUAUAAACCUAAGAACAAUUAUAAAUUUAAGAGUUUCAAUAACAGGAAUUAUAACAGAGACCGUUACAAUUCACGGGACAAGUUUGGUGGUAUCAGUGAAAUGUAUUAG